CUCCCGAACUCCUUCCUUGGACAGAUUAAGCCCUCUGCUCCCCUCCUAACUUGAGGGUACAACUCCUGGCAAAGUGAUUUCCACCCCGCACCCCACCCCCCACUUUUCUGUCCCUCUUGGAGACUGGAAGCCAAAACGUUGUGUAAGUCAUCUGGCCCGCGAAAGAACCCAUUCUUACACCCCGCCCUUCCGUUUUUCUCCCCUGCCCUUGUCUGGCCAAGCCCCUAACCCCAGUGGAGCUGAGGGUUGUCUUGGCCAAGGAUUCCGGCAGCCGCUGUUUGGUGGGCGAGUCCUGGCAGGGCAGCCAGUUGCACCUAAAACUGGGAAGGAGUGAUAAGGAUGCAGAACUUCGCCCUUCCAGGUCGCUCGUCGACCUCCUUUCUCCCUGUAUUUUUCAGCGUAGGUUACCAAAUAAAACAUCGCUGCAGAAUCGUUUCCUGCAGAAUGCCCCCGACACAGUCACCCUGUACUCUUCAGAGGUCAUACAGGAAAGCGUUGGCCUCAGUUCUUUCUUGUCCUUAGGGUUUGAGGCAGGUUUAAUAUUUGGAGGGACUGAAAAAGCUCCAGGAAGGUAGUUUGCAUAUCUGAAGACCUUCUCCCCUCUCCUUUGGGGACGGUCAUUAAAAUGUCAAAACUUACAUAUGUUGCGAUGAUACAGAAAUUCUUCCUAUAAUACGUGAAAGGUAAUUUGCAUAUACAAAUGUAGUUAUGAUUUCGCAUAUCCAGUCCACUCAAUCAGGAGGUGGAUUGGAAGGGAGUUUUAAAAACUUAACACUGGUCAUGUUUUGGUUGGUGAGGCUGAGUGACUUUAAUAAAGCUAGAAAAGAGGGCAGUUGGUGAAAAAUAGAAGUUAGAGUUGUCCAGACAGAAACCUCAAGGAAUCUUUAGUUCUGCCUGCAGAGAGAUAAGAAACAGUUUACUUACCAGCUCGUGUUUCUACAUAGGUCAUUUUAAAAGCGGGAUUGUGGUCUGGGGAAGAUGGUGGGGUUAGACCGGUGAAAUAUCCCUGUGGAGGUUUCAGGACUUCAAAACUAGGUUAUAAAAGCUUAGGGAAUGAUCCUCUCCCUCUCAGUUUGGAAAUAGCACAUAGCUGACAUCAGUGGCAAUUUUGUUGGAGAAACAGCUUUUGCGGGGAUAUAUAUUUUUAAUUACAUGUAUCCUGGGGAAGCAGCCAAGCUGUUUUGAAAGACAAGACUGGAUCCCUUUACAUGCUGGAAAAUAGUUACUUGUAACUCUAGACUCCAUAGACAACAUCUGUAAGGAGCCAAGGAGACUGUUUAUCAAUGCUGGAGGAAUUGAGGACAGCAACUGGACUCCCGCCUGCUGUUCUUCCUGUGUUCAGUUUAUGUGCCAAUGUGCACAGAGAAGAUUAACAUCCCCAUUGGCCCGUGCGGUGGCAUGUGUCUUUCAGUCAAGAGACGAUGUGAACCAGUCCUGAAAGAGUUUGGUUUUGCCUGGCCGGAUAGCCUGAACUGCAGCAAGUUCCCACCCCAGAAUGACCACAACCACAUGUGCAUGGAAGGACCAGGCGAUGAAGAGGUGCCCUUGCCUCACAAAACCCCCAUCCAGCCAGGAGAAGAGUGCCACUCUGUGGGAACCAACUCUGAUCAGUACAUCUGGGUAAAAAGGAGCCUGAACUGUGUUCUCAAGUGUGGCUACGACGCUGGCUUGUACAGCCGCUCAGCUAAGGAGUUCACGGAUAUUUGGAUGGCGGUGUGGGCCAGCCUGUGUUUCAUCUCUACCACCUUCACUGUGUUGACCUUCCUGAUCGAUUCAUCCAGGUUUUCUUACCCUGAGCGCCCCAUCAUAUUUCUCAGUAUGUGCUAUAAUAUUUAUAGCAUUGCUUAUAUUGUUCGGCUGACUGUAGGCCGGGAAAGGAUAUCCUGUGAUUUUGAAGAGGCGGCAGAACCCGUUCUCAUCCAAGAAGGACUUAAGAACACAGGAUGUGCAAUAAUUUUCUUGCUGAUGUACUUUUUUGGAAUGGCCAGCUCCAUUUGGUGGGUUAUUCUGACACUCACUUGGUUUUUGGCAGCAGGACUCAAGUGGGGUCAUGAAGCCAUUGAGAUGCACAGCUCUUAUUUCCACAUUGCAGCCUGGGCUAUCCCUGCAGUGAAAACCAUUGUCAUCUUGAUUAUGAGACUAGUGGAUGCCGAUGAACUGACGGGCCUGUGCUAUGUUGGGAACCAGAACCUAGAUGCCCUCACUGGCUUUGUGGUGGCUCCUCUCUUUACAUAUUUGGUGAUCGGAACUCUGUUCAUUGCCGCGGGUUUGGUGGCCUUAUUCAAAAUUCGGUCAAAUCUUCAAAAAGAUGGGACAAAGACAGACAAGUUGGAACGGUUAAUGGUCAAGAUCGGGGUUUUCUCAGUACUGUACACGGUUCCUGCAACCUGUGUGAUUGCCUGUUACUUCUAUGAAAUCUCGAACUGGGCACUCUUUCGGUAUUCUGCAGAUGACUCUAAUAUGGCAGUGGAAAUGUUGAAAAUUUUUAUGUCUUUGCUCGUGGGCAUCACUUCAGGCAUGUGGAUUUGGUCUGCCAAAACUCUUCACACCUGGCAAAAAUGUUCAAACCGAUUGGUGAAUUCUGGGAAGGUAAAGAGAGAGAAGAGGGGGAAUGGUUGGGUGAAGCCAGGAAAAGGCAAUGAAACUGUGGUGUGAGACUAGCCAGCUUCUACACUGUCCUCAUUUUGAAGGAAGUUACGCAGUGGCUCUCAGUUUGAACAAACUAGAAACACUUUCGCACCCCGCUGUCAGCCCGCCACCCCUCACCCCACCCAGCAUCAUAAAAGCGACUUUGGAAUGAUCCAAAAUGGAAAAGCCAGUUAGAGGCUUUCAAAGCUGUGAAAAAUCAAGAUGUUGAUCACUUUAGCAGGUCUCAGCUUCGAGAGUAAAGGUCCUGCUUAGAUUCCUGAAGUUCAGGGUGAUGCUGUUUGCCCCUACUGGGUGGGAUUUCAGCUGUGAGUUGAUUACUUGCAGGGAAAAAGAUUAAUUUUUUAAAACUCUUUUAAAUUUUAAAUAGUAACUAGGUCUUUCAGAUAGCAAAGUGAUCUGUAAACACUGGAAACACUGGGGUGGGAGACGUGUUGCAGAGUUUGAUAGUUUGGCUGGUCUAACAUAAACAUCUUCUGGCCUACACUGUCUGCUGUUUGGAACUCUGGAGCGCACUCCCAAGAGGUGGUGUCAAAAUCCUUCCGUGCCUUUGUCGUAAAACAGAAUUGUUUGAACAAACAAAAGUACUGUACUAACACACGUAAGGUAUCCAAUCUCUCUCUCUCUCUCUCUCUCUCUCUCUCUCUCUCUCUCUCUCUCUCUCUAUCUCUCUAUCUCUCUCUCUCUGUAAUUUCAACAUCCAUAUUCUAGGCAACCCCUGUUUUCCUCACUUUUCACUAAUGACUGAAGGAAAAUUAUUUUUAUAGGACUUUUUUGCACUGCAGCAUGCCUAAUGAGGGGGGAAGGAAAGGUGAUUCACUUUCUGACACUUAAUUCAGAGGAAAACGAGAUUUACUAAGUUGACUUCCCUUACCGACCCCAGAGACCUAUUGCAUUAAGUAAUGUUAAGCAAUUGGGACUUAAAAUAUUUUAGUUUGUGUGAUUGCAUCUAGGCAGACGCCAGUCUGGAAGAACUGAAAUGUUAAAUUUCUUGGCAACUUUGCAUUCGCACAGAUUAACUGUGUAAUUUGUGUGUGUGUCAAUUACAAUUAAAAGCAAAUUCUUGGACCAUGACAUAGUAUACUCAAUUGACUUUAAAACUGUGGUCAGCUUGCAUUUGUAGUGAUAGUGCCUCUCGCCACCCCCCCCCCCCAGCAUAAGAAUGUUAUCAGAGUUUGGUCUACUUACCACAAUGGAGACUUAUUCAACUUUGCAAAGGCAACUAAGGACAGCAGACCCGAAUUCUUGGUGCAUAAUUGUUCCUUAGUAAUUGGCAAAGGCUCCUUAUAAGACUUCAUUAGAGGCAGUGUGGCCUGGAGUAUUUAUAUGGUGCCUAAUGAAUCUCUAGAAUGCCAGCCAGAAGCUGGAUUGGUUAGCAGGGGAUAUGGUAUAGACUGUAUGAAAUGAGCUGCAAGGUCUAACAGCACGGGUCUUAAUUGCCUUUGCUGGGGUAUCCAAAGCUCUUAAAAUUUAUGCUUUAAGUCCCUCACGAGGGGGUACCCGCUAGCAACCUAUCAAAAGUUGCAGUUCAUUUAAAAUUGUAACUGGCCUUUCUCUUAACCUGCCUUAGGCCUUUUAAUCACCAGAUCUCUGGGACAAACUGUUGUACAUGUCACAGGUUGCUCUCCUCGUAUUUCAUACCUGUCUGCUUCAGCAACUGUAGUUAUUUAUUUAUUGAUUCAUGCUUUGUCCUUUUAGUAAGCAAGAUCUUUGUGUUUUGCCAAUCAUACUUCACGGAGAAACAUUUCACAGACUAAAUCCCAAAAAAGUGAUCAAAUUCUGGGAAAUACACAUUUUUUAAAAUUGGGUGGGUUUUUUUUUUUGAGCUUUGUCUGUGACUUGACAUUUUCUCCCUACACCCUUUGUUUUUGCAAGUUAUGUAACUAUCUGAGGUCAAGACGCAUAUAUGUGUGUUCAGAAAGGAGUCCUAGGGCUUGUGGGAUAGAGGCCUCCAUGCACCUGGGUGGCCCCUGAUGAUUUACGCAGUCUAGGUACCUAGGCUGGACUAGGGCAUAAGGCUCUAGGAGCAUGAGAACUGAUCCCUGGCAGGGCCACUUUGACUCCUGAAUGAGCUGCCUAUGAAAUGUGAAGUGGACACGCCCUGUGCUGCUCACAGACAGUUCCCAUAGCUGUCUAGGGCCCUGGGGUAUGCACCCAAGGGCAGAUUCUGCCCUUACUCACGCUCUGCUCUGGUGUCUUGGGAGUUGUGCAGUGACUCUGGCCCAGGGAUAGGAUGGAGGACCAGGCUGUAGCUGACUGCUUUGGCUGUAUAGGCUUUGUAAUGCAAUUCUCUUUGUAAUGCUUCAGUGACUUUGGGACCAAGACAGCACCCUCCAAAGGGCUGGGCCACAAGUAGGUGCUGGACAUGUGUCAACAAUAACCGUGACAACAGCAAGCCCUUGGGUGAACCUGACCACCUGCAUUCUAAAUUCUGGAGCUCGCGUACUGACAAUCUUUCUGUCCCAUCAGUCACUUGCUUUUUCGGGGGAAGUUAUGUUUGAGUAAAGGGGGCUGUCAGUUCAGACUGGUUUUAGUAGUCUUAGCAAUGUCAUGGAGUUGUUGGGCCUUCCCUUUCGUAUUCCAGAAGAUGGAGAAUGUUUCCAGUUUCCGGGAAAUGAACCUGGAGACUGAGGAGUCCCUUACCAACACCCUUCAAGCAACCUAAUUACUUCUUCAUGCCUUUUCCACUAGCUCCUUCUCACACAUCUCUUCCUGGGUUUCUCUACCUUUCCAUGAUUAAUUAGUGACAGAAAGCAACAGCCUUGCCUCGUGACAAUCUCCAUACAAACUCCCUAGGACAAUCAGAGUAGGUCAAGGACUGUGAGUUCCAGCAUCUACUGUGGCCUUGGGCACAGGAUGGUCAGGGCUUGGAAUGUUCCGUGGGACUUCUGCAGGUAUGUUUGAGGACAGCAGCAUGCUGAGUGGAAAGCUGGGUUUGUUUCCUUUCUCUGAUAUCUGGAAUGAGUAAGUGUGAGUGUAAUUUUUCAAGAAAAAGUCCUCAAGCUUCCAAAUGUUCUCUUAAGCACAGCCGAGGACUCCCCUGCCCCAACCUCUUUUUUGAUAAAUCCCUUUGUCUUGCUUCAUAACAGCCAAACCUUAGGGCAGAGGAACGCUGUGUAUGGGACAAGUGGCCAGAAGCACCUGGUGGAACUGCUGGGCUGAUCUUAUCUUUCUUCCUUUAUGGCGACCCAUUUCCUGGUUGCUGAGAUGGCUUCUGAGCUGGCACAGCGCCCAGAGGCCUGAAGCCAGAGAAAGGUGAUACUAUUUCCUGAGACGUUCCCUUACUCUCUUCUUUCCAUCACUCCCUCGCUUGUGCUCCCUAAACCCAGAACCAGAGACGUACCCUCAUCAGGUUCCGAACUGUCUGGCCACAUCUGACAUCUCCAUCCCUCUGCUCACAGAAUGAAGUGUCUUUGGUAUUGAGUGCCUAGUUGGGUCAUAGGACACUAAGAAGGUCUUGGCAUCCUCUGCCCUGGAAGAGCAGGCACAAUCGAAAGAGGUUUCACCAGUGUGACAUGUCUGUUUAGGUGUCCAUAGCAUCAGUUAGGGAGGGAAAGCACGAGGGCACAGGCUUUGGCAGGAGCUGCUUCAUGUGUAAAUUCCAUCCUGUGACAGAGGGCAAGGGAGAGAGGUGCUGUUCCUGCCAGUCCCCAGACUUGGACAAUGCUCUUUGUUCUCUUAUAGUUUUUGACUUCAGUGUCCCUGUCUGAGUUUGCAGUAUGUCUGGCAAAGGACCUGGUUAUCAUUUUCCCUCCAUGCCUAGGUCAAAGAUCUUGAAACUCCCGAGAGAGCAUUUUGCUCCUACGAAGGAUCGAAUACUGAAGCCCCAAGUAAUAGAUUUUGUUCCGCUGGCACCCGUUAUUUUAUUUGUCCUGCCUCCCACCCUCACCCCAGCAUACCUCUUCGCCUGAUAAGCACAUUUGCCCUGGUGGUAACUUCUUUUUGUUUUUCAUUUGCUUUAUUUUCCCUCUUUGCUGAGCCAAUUCUUAGUAUUCACCCAGGCAGUAGGGAGAGAGUCUUUUUGGAAUCCCAUAUGAGCUGCGUCCUCAGAGCCUUUGUGCCUUCCUGAUCUCCCACAACGUUCAGUUAAUGAAAACUGCCGUCCCAUUAGUCUUCCAAAAGGGGUUAAGCUUAGCUCUGUGCCACAAAAAAAAAAAAAAAGUAUGUGUCCUCCCUCCCGAACUGCACACGUUUCAAAAUCCUGGAAGUUUAACAGGCUGAGGCCCUGAUUUGACUAUGGGCAUAGGGGGAACUAAGUUGCUUUCUAGAAAUUUGCUAGUGGGCAUCUGGGUAGUUCUGAGUUUAUUGUACCUCACAAAGAUGGUGUGAGGCCUUAGAAGGCCCAAGGCUGAAGGCCCCUUGUGCUCUUCAUAAGAAAGAUCAACUAAGUAAUAGUCCCAGUCUGCAGAAAGAUAGAAUACACUUAGAGCUGUUCUAUGGAGCAGUCUGGCUAGUUGCUCUCUGGCAUUGUCUUGGAUUGUCAUGCCUCUCAACAGCUCUAGAAACCUGGAGGUAACCUGGGGCCAUUCAAACGCUUGAUAUAGAGGUACCAGGCAAACCCUGCUAUACAUACCCUGAAUAAAUUGCUAAUUUUCAAAGGAAAUAGGCCCUCCUUUUAAGGAUGUACAAAAGUGUGUCUGCAUUGAUGUCUGUACUGUAAAUUUCUAAUUUAUCACUGUAUUAAAAAAACUUGCUAUUUAAUUUUGUAUUAAAGGAAAAUAAAGUUUUGUUUAUUAA